AUGACGACUGAUCAAAACUCUGAAGAAUUGGCUAGAGUGUUGCUUUCAAAAGCAACUGAAAAUCCCUGGCUGAUUCCUUCAAUAGUAAAUCCCGCUCUUCAAGGAGAAAUUUUACUUCACAUACUUAAAAACUGGAGAUCGUAUAAUUCAAAAGAAAAGCUAGCAAUAUUAUUUCUAAUUUUCUGCAUAAAAAGAAGUACUGUAACAACAUUAGAAAAAGAUAUAUCAGAUAAAAUUUUCCCUAAAAAGAUAAUUUUAGAAGGUUCUAAUGAUUUGGAUGAAUGGGUUCGUCUUGUAUCAAAAAUGAUGAUUGAUUAUCCUAAAACAGGCGUACUUGACCUGGCUGUCGAAAAAUACCUUCCUGAAGACAUACGAAAUGGUUUAAAACAAUUGAUCGACAAAAGGAAUAAAGAAAUCAAAUUUCAUCCUGUGGAAUAUGCGUUCAUGGACAGAAAUGUCUGUGAUUCAUUUUCUAUGAUAUCAAAAGAUUCAGAAUCUGAGACAUUCAAGCCAACACCAGCACCAACACCGCCAUUACCUUAUUUUAUUUUAAGACCGGAUUAUGAGAUAUCCAGAGAACAACGAUUAAAUGUAUUAAAUAAUUUGCCAACUGUUCCGAUGUCACCAGGAUUAAUUUCACCAAUAAGCACUGCAGGAUUUUUUAAUAUGGAUUCAAAUCGCGCACACACAUUACAAAACAUCCCUCAGAAUACAAUGGUUAAUCGACAAACACCGUCUCAACAUCCUUCUUUAACACGAAGAUUAUCUCACCCAUACCCAAGAACUAAUCCUUCGCUCCCUGGAUUUACUAACGGACCUUCGGGAGCAGAAUCACCAACAGAAAUCAAAAUAACUCAAGGAAAGAAAUAUCAAAAAGAAACAAGGAUUCAGAUUCUAGAUAUAACAACUGGAAGCUCAAUUAUUAGAAAUCAAGAAGAAACUAAACUUAAAACACAAUUGGAGGAGGUGCAAUUGAAAGAACAACCUAGGUUAGCAAAAGAAAGAGAAAAACAAGAAAGAGCAACUGCAAAAGUCGAAGCAAUGGUAGCAGCAGCAAGAACUGAGACGUCUUCUACCAGUACAUCUACAGCUUCUGAAACAGCAAAACGGCAAGGUUCUUCUGGUUACCCUAAAAGGAAGAAGUUAAAUGACGAAACAGAAGAAAUGGGUAUGGAAGAAAUAAUCACUGAAGGUGAAAAUUCCCACAAAGAUACACAAAUAAUGUUCAGCUCACCCAAAUCACCAUUAUCACCGUCGGGUAUAUCUAAUGACCCUCAAAUAAAACAAUCGCCGACCUCACCAAUUAAUGAAAAUGUAGACGAAAAGGUGAUGCAAGAUAUUUUAGAAGAUAAUAAUAAUUCACAAAAUAUUGAUUUAUCAAGUUUAAACAUAAGAUUACCACAAAGGAUCAUAGAAAUAUUGGAUAGCAAAACUAAAGAAGAACGACAACAAACUAUAGAACAUAUAUAUAAAGUAUUGGAGAAAGCAAAUAUGCUUGAUGAGCAAAACAGGGAGUUAAUUAUUUAUUUCUUAGCUGAUCUACAUAAUGAAGUAAAAGGUCAAUUAAUAAAUAUUUCGGAUGGAAUUUCUGGUCCUGAUGAUGAUACAAGGAGGUUGGAUUUGAAUGUGGAAAGGAUUACUCGUUAUGAUGAAGGAAAAGAAAUCCAUGAAAUAUUUAUUUUCGAGAUGAAUUUAGCUGAUGGUACGUGGAGAAAACUUAAGAAAACAAAGACUAAAUUAGUAAAAAAUAAAAUCAUGUAUAAUUUGAUUACAUCACAUAUGAUCAAACAUUACAAAUUUGAUAAGCAAAAGAAACUUAGACUUGAAAAAUCGCUUAAAACUUAUUCAUUAAGAUUUAUUGUGUCAUAUUUCCGUACUACUUCUUCUUCUUCACUGUACCAACCAUUACCACCUUUGCCAACAAAUAUGUCAAAUCAUCAUUCUUCCACCACUUCUUCUUCAUAUUCCACUAUUAUGGCCUCACCAUACACACGUGCCAUGUCGAACUAUCCAUUAAAUUCAACAGCAACUGCCUUUGCUUCUGGCUCUAGUACACGAUCUGCUUAUACUUAUUCUCAGACUGCAUCUUCAGACAUAAAUUCAUAUAAAGAUAUUCACAAAAAUAAGCAAUCUAAAUCAAUACCUGUAAAACCAAAACUUCCUAACUACUUGGUUGAGACAAGUUUUGCUGAUUUGUAUAAUGAAGCUGAACCUGAGGCAUUUGCUAAUAACGAUUCUGAUAAACUUUCUUUUGAGGCUCUCGCUUUGCCUACAGCUUGGAAUGUUGAAGAUAAAUGUAAUCAUUUGAACGUGGAAGAAAAUAAACUUAAAGUAAAUUAUACAGGCAGUGGUAAAAGUGAUUCAGAUGCCGCAGCAAUAAGAGCAAAUCAUCCAAUACCUCCCCAAUGUGGAUUAUUUUAUUUUGAAGUAGAAAUUAUAAACAAAGGAAAAGAUGGCUAUAUUGGCAUUGGGUUCUGUACAAAAUCUGUUGCUUUAAAUAGAUUGCCAGGCUGGGAACAAGAUUCUUGGGGAUAUCAUGGUGAUGAUGGACAUUCCUUCUGUUGUUCUGGUACUGGAAAACCAUAUGGACCUACAUUUACAACAGGUGAUAUUAUUGGAUGUUGUUUAAAUUUUAGAGAUAACACAGCUUUUUAUACAAAAAAUGGAAAACAUCUUGGAAUUGCAUUUAGAGAUUUAAAAGGAACACUUUAUCCAUCAAUUGGAUUAAGGACACAAGGAGAAUCUUUAGAAGUCAAUUUUGGUCAAAAGAAAUUCAAAUAUUCAAUUGAAGAUUAUGUGAAGGCAGAAAAAGAACAAACAAAUCUUACAUCUACAGUACAUCAACUUAUUAUAUCAUAUUUAAUUCAUCAUGGAUACAGCGAGGCAGCAAAAGUUUUUUCACAAGAUGCUACACGAAUAAAUUCUAUUCUUAAUAGUAAUGCGAUGGAAGGAGUGGAAAUUGAGAACACAUCUUUUAAUUUAGAUAAAGAUAUGUUAAAUAGGCAGAGAAUUCGAGAUUCUGUCCUUAAAGGUGAUAUAGAUGAUGCCAUCAAAUUAACCAAUAAGUUUUAUCCAUCAGUUUUACCUUCUAACGAUGAUAUUUUGUUUCAACUUCGAUGUCGCAAAUUUAUCGAAAUGAUGAGAGAGUGUGCUGGUAGUCAAAUAAUGAGUUCAGACGAAGAUGAUGUCGCGAUCAAGAAAGAUAAAAAAUUAGUCGAAAUUAUUGAUGAGGGCGAGGGAGAAAAUAAUGGAGACGACAUUAUUGCGGAAGAUGAUGAUAUUGAAGUCUUUGGAGAUAAUGGUGGUGUGAUUGAGGAAGAUAGCGAUGAUAAUGAUAAAGAUGAUAAUUUAUCAAACAAAAACAAAAAAACAUUAAAACGGCGGAAAGGACCCGAGGUAAACUUAAAUGGAUUAGGAGGAAUGAUAGAGUCUGCUGUACGAUUCGGUCAAGAAUUACAAGAUGAUUAUCGUGAUGAUACUCGAGAAGAAGAAACAUUUUCAUUAUUAGCGUAUACUGAUCCAAGAGAAAGUGUUGUUUCUUAUUUAUUAGAUCCAUCUGAACGUGAGCCAGUUGCCAAUGCAUUAAAUAGUGCAAUUUUAGUAUCACAAGGAAAACCUGCAAUUCCGCCAUUGGAACAAAUCUAUCGACAAACUUCAGUAGCAUUAAAUGAACUUUCUAGAAAUGGUGUUGGUUCUAGUGCUUUAGUCAAUAUACGAAAAAAUUGCUUAAUUUAA